UUUUGAGCAUAUGCACAUUUGACAAAUUGUGGAUCACUUAAGAGAUCCUGGAAUUUGUUGAAAAUUUGUUCAUUUGUAAAAAAUUGUUUUUUUAUAACUAUUUAAAGUAAUUAAAAGUAAAGUGGUAGGUGCAAUUUCUACUUUGCUGCAAUUUGAAUGAAAACGAACGGAAGUUGUGUAGUGACCAACUCGCAACAAAGUUAGCGAGUACCGAGUGGAAACAUUGCACUGACGAGGAGAAUUUAAAACUGAUAAACGAGGAAACUUUAAAUAAAAACCGGAUCCAAAAUGCAAACAAUGAAACGUGAGCGUAAACGCUACCAAAAGGAUACCGCGCCAGCAGAUGAUAUAAUAACACUAAUACACUUGGUCCGUCAGAAUCCCGCACUAUACAAUUACAAAUUGCAACCAAACCAGAGGCGCCGGAUUGAUGUACUAAAUGGUUGGGCCGAAAUUGCAGCGCAAAUAGGAAACAAAUAUACAGUGGAGGAGUGCCGACGUAAGUGGAAAAACUUAAGAGAUACCUACCACCAAUACCGGCUGCGUAAACCAAAACUUGGGGACGGUUUAUCCAAAUGGCGUUACGCAAAAGAAUUAGAAUUUCUUUCGGGUGUAUAUCAGCCAAAACUAAAAUCACAGCGUCACCAAAAUUAUAUGAUGGACACGCAACGCUCUGACUUACACGAUCUUGGAAGCGCCGCAUCGACCAUGGCCACACGAUUGAAGGAAGACCACACCAAUGGCGGUAUUGUACAUCAUCCGAAUUCCAGCAUUACUUUGGUGAACGACGAUGAGACAUUUAUACUUACGACCUAUGAAGAGAGUGUCGCAGAUGACGUUGCCACCAUCGACCAUGUUGGACAUGAGGAUCCAAGCAUAUCCUCCCAUAUGGAAUUGACACAUGACGAUGAUGAUGUCGAAGAUGUGCAAGAAAUCGUUAAGAAUGAACAUGGCUCAUCACUGGAUGAUGCAACUGGAACUGAAGUACACUAUGAAGAAGUUUGCAUGUAUGAAGAGACUGGCAAUGGACCAAGUGUCGAUUGUGAAACCAUAAUUGGUGCAGGUGGAGUCGUACGAAGCUCGUCGACGGAUUCUAAAAAUUUUGGUGCACACCAUCACCAUCACACGCACUCCACUGCCGACUCGUUCACUUAUUCGAUGAAUGGCUUCUGCAUCGACUCUAUACCACAUUUACCAGGAGAAAGUGGUGGUGGGGGCGAAAGUGGCGGCGGUAGUAGCAACAGUAGUGUAAUUGGCGGAACCAAGUUAAAGAAUUUGACUACAUCGACAAUUGUAACAACUCCUGUAGUGGUGAGCAGUAGCUCUAAUAAUCCGAAUGUAGCACAACAAACGGCAACUUCAUCCAUAUUACAAUUGCAAUCGCCUACUUCGGUGGUGUAUAAUGGACAAGCACGUGAAGAGUUGGACUUGUUUUUUGCCUUCCUUAAGCAAAAAAUGCAACGCUUUUCAAAAGAAGAGAUAACAUUGAUGCAGGUGGAGUUUCUUAAUUGUGUACAAAAACACGAAGCUGAGCGUAAAUACAACGGAAGUGGUGUUGGCGAUGCAACAAUACUACACCAAUAAGCAUAAAUUUAAAUUAAAGGGUUUAUAUUGGAAAUCUAUAUUAAUAAUCCAAACUUGAAUGUAAUUAAGAAAUGUAAAUGUUUGUGUAUUUAAUGCGCAUUAUAA